AUGAGCUCCCAGAUUCUUACCCUCCUACUGCUCUGGAUCACAGGAUCCAGUGGAGAUAUUGUGCUGACCCAGUCUCCAGCUUCCAUGGCAUUUUCCCCAGGAGAGAGAGUCACCAUGAACUGCAAAGCCAGCUCAAGUGUAAGCACUAGUUACUUACACUGGUACCAACAGAAGCCAGGAGCCAGUCCAAAGCUCCUUAUUUAUGGUACAUCCAACCUGGCCUCUGGGAUCCCUGGCCGGUUCAGUGGCAGUGGCUCGGGGACAGAUUACUCUCUGACCAUCAGCAGCAUCCAGGCAGAAGAUGAUGGCAUUUACUACUGUCAUCAGUGGGACAGCAGCCCACCCACAGUAGCCCUGGGAGGCAGGACAUGGGGAAUAGAUAUUGAGGGAUCCAGUGGACAAAUUGUGUUGACCCAGUCUCCAGCUUCCAUGGAAUUCUCCCCAGGAGAGAGAGUCACCAUGAACUGCAAGGCCAGCUCAAGUGUAAGCACUAGUUACUUACACUGGUACCAACAGAAGCCAGGAGCCAGUCCAAAGCUCCUUAUUUAUGGUACAUCCAACCUGGCCUCUGGGAUCCCUGGCCGGUUCAGUGGCAGUGGCUCGGGAACAGAUUACUCUCUGACCAUCAGCAGCGUCCAGGCUGAAGAUGCUGCAAUGUACUACUGUGGGAAAUUGCAAAGACUAUGGAGUCUUGAAAUAUCUGCAGCUAAUACUUCAAAUGACUUGAAAAUGAAAGAUCUGAACACCAAGAAAAGGGCUCAGCUUCAUACCUCCUUAUUGCUCUGGGUUAUGCACUAUACAAAUAUCUUCUUUGAUACUGAGUAA